GUAUGGCCCCGGACUGAGGCGGAGAAAUUUUGCGAGAUACAUUCAAUUUCUUCUUCGCGAUCUUCAGUCUUCCUUUGGCAGUGCCAGUGUCAACGCACCAGUGCUUUUUUAUUGUUUUUUUUUCUCAGCUGUCGUCGAGAUGAGAUGGGUAUUGGUCAUCCUCCUCUCCCUCAUAGGAAUCCACGCUCAAGAAGAUGAGAGCAACGAAGUCAUAAUAGCUCCAUCUUCGACAAAAUCUCCACUAAACCUGGACACCAACCUGCGUAAAGCUCUUCUCAAGGCUUUGGUUGAACUGGAAAACGAAGAGAAAUCAACUCUACAACGAGACGUCAGAAACGAUUACGUCAACAUAAUAACCCAUCUGGACUCCAAAGACAGGACAGUCGAGAAAGCUUCAGCAUCAUCCAUAUCAUUUUUUUCGCGACCUGAACGAGUCAACAUGACCGUAACCGUGAAAAAGUCCACUUCCAAACCCAAACAAUCCGUUGUCGUCCAGAGAAGUCAAGGUUUGCACAAGACAAUCUACGAUAUCGAAGAUCACAAGGGGUCAGAUACACCUGAACAAAUAAUAACCAGCGCUUCCAAUAGUUUUGCCUCUGCCAAAUCUGAAAACUCAAAAAUCAUAACAGGGGGAGCGCAACUAAACUCACUUAGCAGAACAAAAACGAAGAAGAACAAAUAUGAACAAACCACAACUAUAAGACCAACUUCAUCUACUGAAGAAAGCGAAGCGAAUGUCGAAAGUUUGCAGUUCUUUUCAGCCCCUUUGGUAGCAGCGUUCACCGUACAUCAAGAUGAAAAAGGUCUUCCAAAGAGUGUUGUUCCUAUUUACAACCAAGGUAACGUUGCAACUAGCACCACUGAAAAACAACAGGAGGAAAGUUCGAGAAACCAAGAAGAACUUCAGAGGGAAGUACAGAAACAGCAGAAAGAACUGGAAGCUAGACAAGAGGAUCAGCUGAAAAUCAAGCAAUUGGAGUUGGAAGGGGAGAUUGAACGGCUGAAAAAACUCAGAGAAGAACAAGAGAACUUCAUAAGGGAACAAAAAAUUCUUUACGAACAAAAAUUAGUGGAACAACAGAAGAGAUUGCUAGACGAACAAACUAGACUAUUCAAUGUCCAAUCUUUAGGUUCUACACGUCCCACAACCACCACCCCCACUCCUGAAUUCCGGAAUAAUUUCAAUGAUAACUUGAGGAGGCAACCUGCAAAUACAUUAGUAUCCAUUCAACCAAGUGUAGGUUUCGUUCAACCAGUCGUUAGUACUUUGCCACAAAAUGCUCAGAUUUUACCUAUAAAAAACCCGGUGGACUUCAGAACACCUUUUCCUCAUAAUUUCGAUCAAUUCGAAAUCCACAAUAGCUUAAGACCUUUAGGUACCAGUCAAUCCUUCUUGACAAGACCUCAAUCUACAUUUGUCCCAUCAAUUUCAUUUAAUCCAAUACAAAAUUCGUUUGUACCUUCCAUAGCUACAGAACAAAAUUCCUUGGUACCUAUUUUCAAUACUCCUCAAAAUUCUGGUGUGUUUCAAAGUCUUCCUUCGACUCAAAUCACUUCAAUAUUCCAUCAAGCGCCAACUCUAAGCCAUAAUGCUUUAGUAGCUACCCAAAGUCUACCACUGGCGACAACACAAACAAUUGCGUUCAGAACUCCGCCAUUGCACGGUACCAGAAGCUUAAGGCAGGAAUCUGGUACUGGAAAUUUUUUGAACAACAGAUACAAUUCCCAAGAUACCAGUAACAAGUUCUUCAGAGAUCAUAGAUUCAACACCAACACUUUAUCUUCCCAGCAGACACAUACAAACGCGCAAACUUCACAAUUUCCAAGAAGUACCUUUAGUUUCAACAAUCCAAAUAAUGUAAAUCAGUACCAAUACAACACGUUGCAGUAUUCUGUAGAUCAGCCUUCUUUGGAUCAGAGGUUCAACAAUCUUCUCUUGAACGCAGGUCUGGGUCAAGGAAGACAACAAGAAAAUCUCAACAUCGUAUCAAAGGUGUUAUCUUUGAACCACUUUGGUACCGAUUCUCAAACCAGUAACACCAAUAACGACUUCAAGAGGAUACGAGUACCUCCAAACUGGAGGGUGGUGUAACAUAUCUAAUUUAUUAUGUUUGUUUCAUUGAGACCCUUUGGUGUGAGGCUCAUGAGUGAGAGAGAUUGGUUUUAUUCUUUGGUUACCACUACCUCAUAUACCAAUGUUUGAAAUGUUCUAGUAUUUUAUUCUGAAUAACAUUGAGGUCUGAACUCGAAUUGUUGUCAAUGCAAAGUAUAAAACCACUUGUUUAUUUAUGAUUAUUGUUUAAGCUACUAAUGUAUAUUUGAAUAUUUGUGCCAAUUCAAAAUAAAUAUUUGUGAGAGAUUUUUAUCUUCUUAUAAAAAAAAUGUU